CUCGCACGCGCCGUCGUCGGCCGGCUGAGCGAGACAGCGCGAGUCGUGGACAUGAGGAGGCCGCGGAGCCCUCGCGCAAAGGGACACAGGACAGACGCUCUCGGACAUCGGGCGAGAGCGGGCGGCCGGCCGCGCACCUGCCUCGCACCGAUUCGCACGCGCGACGUGCUCGAUCGCGAGACGCUACUUCGAUAUAUCGUAAACACAAGACAACUGUUAACAUUUUAAAAUUAUUUUAUGUUGGUGUUAUUUUUGGCGUUAAUUUAUACGGUGAAAUAUACAAUUAUUUUCACCGGGACAAUACAGAUUAUUUUGUUUUUUUGGACAGUGACUAAAAUUUUCGUUUGAUCGGACUGAAUAGUGAAGAAGUUUAAACAGAUGAUAUUUAAUGAAGUGUGACCAAAUGAAACGUUUACCGAAUCGCAGGAUCGCCACUAGGUGUGGAUAGAUUAGAUAGGGCACUGAGACGCUCAUUCAAGUGUUGAUAAGGCCCUCUUUAUGACCAGUCGAUUUUGGCGAGCAAACAUUCGGCUGACGUGUGAACUGAAUCACCACAACAUGAAAAGGAAAAAGUAAGAUAAAAAAGUUGGAUAUUAAUUCGUGAACUAUGAAAAAAUUAAGAAGAUGACUAAAAGUUUUAUUCAUGUUUACCGUCGGACAUUCAAGGGGGGAUUUAUGAUAACACGACCUCCGUUAUCAAUAACGUUUUAGAAAUAGGACGAUAAGCCGCUGGACCGACGGCGGCACGUGUGAAGUGAGCUAAAGAACUGUCGUAAGAUAGCAAAGAUAUUUAGAUAAAAAAUUCCGAGGAUCAAGAAGUUGUUGAAGAUCUAAAAAUAGGUGACCAAAUCAAGAUGAGAAUCAAGAUGCCAGCUGUACGCAUCGCGCAAGCGGAUGCGGACAGCGCGGCAGAAGGUGGCGGGUCCCCCGUACCAGGGGUGCCUGCAGACACCCUGACCUGCGGAGCCUGUCGCAGGGCCUUCGCCCUUGCAGACAUUGUACGCUUCAUUCAACAUAAAGUAUCCUCCUGUGAUAAGGAUCUCACGUCCUACCACUGUUAUAGUGCUGGACCGAAUUCCGAUCCCGAAGAUGGUUCAAGACCAGGCCAGGUCUCGAGCGGGAGUACCAGCGCGCGGAGGCCAUCGCUUCUCACAGCAAGAAGGCCUCCAAGCAGCAGAGUCCAUACUCCUCCCCUCGCCAGUCCUUCUAUGGCACCUCCCGACCUUUUAGAAGACGGAGGAGCAUCUAGCACACCUAAGAGGCUUUUAGAUGGCGAUGUCGAAGUUUCAACGCCUAAAAGGCGAGCGUCAACAUCACCGAUGCCAUCAAGUUCCCCGGACGAAGACAUUAAACCGAAGAUCAAACAAGAACACAUGGACACCACAGGGUCACCUGAAGACCAAAAGAAAUCUAGGACUGAAGUUGCCGACGCAGAAUCGAAUACUAUGCAUAGUGAACCUAGCAACUACGUGUGUUCGACGUGCAAAGCACGAGUGCAUUCCGCAUGGAGACUGCUACAGCACGUACAACAUGUGCACGGCGUCAAGAUCUACGUAGAGGCGAUGCCCCAGCAGCAACCCAGCAAGCAGAACCACUCCACGUCGAGUACGUCUUCAUCGAGCUCAGGCUGUUCGUCCACGGGCGCACCGCUUCCGCCACCUUCCUUACGCCAUCACCCUUUAUUACCACCUCCAGACAUGCAUUCCCCUUUUGGAGUUGGUGGUUUACUCAGGAUGCCAUUACCAGGCAGCUUACCGCCACUGGCUCAUCCAUCAGUUCCUCCUACGCCUCUUUUUGCAAGGCCAAAUCAUCACGAUCACCGAUUUAGAAUGGAACAACUAGUAUCAGAACAGUUUCGUCAUCAUGGUCUCAACCUUGCGGCAGCAGCUGCUGCAGUGGCAGCGAACUCACUGCCACCACACCAGACCUUCCCAUCGCCGGCAGACCGACCUCCGGUAGUUCCUACAUCGUUAUCGGGCCGUGACAGAGCCCCACCCGUAUCUCAACCUCUUUCACUUGAACCCCAGCUGGAUUUUUACUCGCAGCGCUUGCGGCAACUGGCCGGUACGACCAGUCCAGGGGCGGCCACAGGCAAUUCCAGCUCUCCUAGCCCCAGGAAGCAUUCGCCUCCGUUCGCUUCCCCGUCGCCCUCCAGAGUCGGACAGACUCCUCCGGUGGGCGCCGGACCCGGAACGGUGGAUGCGCCUCGAGAAGCUACGAGACCGCACAGUUCAACUUCACCCGAACGUCGAAUUGAACCACUAGCCGCUGACGCACCGCCAACAGAGCGCCCUACGUCAACGCCGCCUGCGAAACGUAAUACAGAUGAAGGGGUUCAUUCUUGUGAAUUUUGUGGCAAGAAAUUUAGAUUUGAAAACAACCUAAUAGUUCAUCGUCGCUCACACACAGGUGAGAAACCAUUCAAAUGUACAGAAUGUGAUGAAGCUUUUGAAAAAGCCUCUAAAUUAAAGCGACACAUGAAAAUUCAUAGAGCACCAGAUGCCAAUACGGAAGAUGGUGAAUCUGGUGGUGAUACCGGAGAAGACGAUUCUGAUGAUGAAUUAGAAGACGAGGAAUUAGAUGGGGAAGAAGAAGAAGAAAAUGAGGAUGGAGAUGACGUUGAAGAGGCGGAAGAUUUAACUGUCUCAAACAGCAGUGCACCAUCUGCUCCAACCAGGAAACAGACUCCUAUAAUGCCAAAUAAUGCACCAAGUGCAUCUGUUGUUGGUGAAUUGAUGGACAAAUUCGGACUAUCAAAUAUUGCUCAAUACAGUGAAGCUUUUAAACAAGCUUUGCAAGAAUCAGGGAAUUCUCUGAAGUGGCAAUUAGCUAAGGAUAGAGAUAAUAACAAUGGACCUCCGAGUGAUAAACCGAAUGGCAUGCCACCAACCGCUGCAUUGCGUUUAAAAGAGGAGUUUGCGAAGAUGCCUCCUCAACCUCAUCCACUUUUUAACCCUUUUGAGAACCCUUUCGAAGCGUCCAAACGUAUAAAAUUGGACAUGGAUAGGGGUGAAGGGUGGUGGUUACCAACCUUGCAUGCGCAAAGGCCGCCAGAAAACAUAUUUGAUGGCCUCAAAAACAGCGGUAACGGGUUAUUACAGAACCCUUUAUUGAAAUCGAAAGAGGGACGGCGUAAUGAUACCUGCGAGUUCUGCGGGAAAGUUUUUAAGAACUGCUCAAACUUAACAGUUCACCGGCGCUCCCAUACGGGGGAGAAGCCGUACAAAUGUGAACUAUGCUCAUACGCGUGCGCACAGAGCUCCAAGCUCACGCGGCACAUGAAGACGCACGGACGACUGGGCAAGGACGUUUACCGGUGCAGGUUUUGCGAGAUGCCCUUCUCCGUGCCGUCGACGCUUGAAAAGCAUAUGCGAAAGUGUGUUGUGAAUCAAAGUAAUGGUGCUCCCUUAGCUCUUUCCGAUGACUCUAACGCGUGCCGUGACGAGGCUUCGUGACUCUACCCGUGGGGCGGGCUCCGCCUGCCGCCGCCCGCGCCGCCCAGCCAGAUCUUCUAAGGUCUGCUCCGGUCACGUGUAUCGUCGCGUUACCACAGAAAGUACGCAAGAUAUGAACGUUCGCGUAGACCGGACCCAGGCCGAGUUAUGUUCAAUUUCUAGUGUUAAGGAUUGAAUAAUGGCGAUAUUAUUGUUUAUACGCACGCAAUAUGAGCCCAAAAGUUUGCACCGAAGGGCAUUAAUUUAGUUACUGUACUCGUAUUGUAACAUAUCUUCUUCGUACUGAACAGUGUUGAUUCCCGUUGCAUUGUUGAUGUUAGUUUUCUAUCAUUUUGUUCGUUUGAAGCUGUAAGUACGUCUGCGAUUUUAUGUUAUGUUCUCUCGAUCUUGUUUUGACAUGUUUUUAUUUAUAGAAAAAUGUGGAAACCAAUGCCAAAGUUAGCUAUGUUGAUUUAUAUACUUACUAUUUAGUUCUUAAGCUGUAUAGUGUCAAUUAAAUUAGAAUUCUUUCCAGUAUUUUCUAGGAUCUUCAUAGUUUGAUGUAGUUAUGUGUUUGAAGAGUAAGCUGUUUCGUAAUUUUAGUGUAUCGUGUACAAUAAUAAGCGAAAUGUUUCCUAUCCUAGAUAAACAAACUUGUGUAAAUAUUUGAUGUAAGUUUAUUUGUGUAAAUCGAGUACCUACCUAUUGAUGUUCAUAUUUAUAGACGAUAAUAUUUCAAGAGUUAAAACAAAAUUUCGUGAGAAAACGGUGAGUUUCCUGUAAUCGAUAAUUUAUUGAAGCGUUGUAGAAAGCGAAAUUGGAAUCGAUUAAUGGUAGGUGUUAUUCGUAUGAGGUACUUGUAUGUUUAAAUUAGCGAUUAAAUUAUUAAAUUAAAAAAAUAUCACUGUGAAAUCGAUAUUCGUUAAUGUGCUAUUAUUAUUUCUUGUGGAAGCUAGUUAUUUUAUUAAGACUGAAACCAAUAUUCCAGUUUUAUUUUUUAAUAAAUUUCUUCGUGAAUUUCAUUCGUACCUAAAUUAGUCCAAGCGUGAAAUCUUUCAGUAUACGUACUUAAUGUAAAUUAUGAUAGAAUUUAUAUUAGAUAAAUAUAAGUAAAUUAUAAUAGAAACUUUUUGUCGUCCAUAUCUGUCUCCUUCAUGCUUAGGUCUUCUUCAGAUGUCGUUAACACAAAAAUGACUUAUCCAGUAAGCUUUUUAACGUCAUGUAAACAAGACCUAACCAUCCACACAUUGCCUCUUGUAUUUAAAAAAUAUUUUUUCAAACAACAAUUUAAAUAUAAAUAAAUAAAACUGUUGUUUAGAAAAAAUAUUUUAAAAAUCACACUAGGAAUGUUAACAUAAAUUACUCAAACAUCUAACAUGUUUCUCGCUCAAAAAUUCUUAUAAAAAUAAAUUGUAAAUUCAAACCAAAAAAUUAAUAAAUGUUAUCAUUUAUUUUUAACGUGUGGUCAGUAAAGUUUAGAUAAAUUAUUAUGUUAGAUUACAAAAAAAUGUGAAAAAUAAAAAAGCAAAAUUGUGAUUAAUUUUUC